AUAAACUUGUGUCUUUCUAGGAUAUCCUGUGGCCCCGAAGAGUUGAUGAGAAACGAUUGAUGGAGCGACUUUCUACGCAGAUGAAUCCUUCAGCUGAAAUGCGUCGGAGAUUGCCUAGCAACUUUGAGGAGCCUCAACUUGCCCAGAGCAAGUACGCCAACACCUGGGUUGUGGACUAUCUCGUCAGUAGUCGUCUCACGGACGAACAGCUUCUUCGACAAGACGUAGAAGCGAGCAACCAGGAUAGAUCCACGGAGCCUAGAGUACACCGCACCCCUUCCGCCGGUUCACCCAGAAAAGAAGGUGCGUCGCUACGCAGCAAACUCCUCCAGAAGCACGCCUCCAUCCUGGAGUAUGGCCAGGUCUAUAUUCCUGGUGACGAAUCACCUGGUAAAGAAACGUCACUGCCACCGGGAAGCAGCAGCGAACGACGCGCCAGCAUACGCGAGAUAAUUGCUUGGAGACCGGAGCGGUAUGAGGACAUCAACAACGGCCUAAUAGUUGGCGUUACGGUGGCAUCCUCACUUUGCUCUAUGGUGGCGCAGAACAGGUCAAGCCAAUAUGUGGACGAAUACUUCAGAAGGAGAUUCCACGAGAAUGUAAUCACUCCUGUGAUGUGGUGGUUUAUCAUUCUACCGGUCGAAGUCUUCGCACUCUGCAGCUUCUGGAUACGGAUGAAAGUGCUCUUCCUGAAAACGCAUGAUGCACCAGAGAGCGAAGAAGCUGCGAUCGGGAUACAGAGGGCCAUCAGGAGAAUGCAGGGCAACAACCAAGACUUCAAAUACACAGAAGUUAUCCCAACUGCGUUCUUCGCGACGUGGACUGUAGUUUACGCAUACAAUAUCUUCGACUGGGAAGACCAGCCGUGGAUGAGCCUGGAAUUCGACUACCUCUUAACGGUGCUGAUGCUGGCGGCGCACUGCCAAUGGUGGGCCGGAGACACGACACUCGAUGGACGCAAGCUGAUGGCACACCUACCCUGGGAUGCGAUAAUCAUCUGCUUUACUAGUCACGUCCUUGGUUUCACAGUUCAGGAAUACGGUCUGGCAGCCUUCAUUUCGUCGCGCUUAAUGAAGGAUUCAUCGACAACUCCACAACUGACGCAACUCCUGCUCACAUUCUUAUCCGCCAUUAUAACGGAAGUAACGGCAGACAGCGCCACGGUAGCCAUUUUCAUGCCUGUCUCUAUACAGAUGGGUAUCCAAUGCCAGUACCACCCACUGUACUUUGCCCUGCCUGUGUCUGUAGCCGCGUCCACAUCACUCAUACUUCCAACUGGAUGCAUGGCCAUCGCUCUUCUCAAUGGUCUCACUGACAUUCGUUCCUGGGACAUGGUUCUGAUUGCGAUGAUUACGAAAGUUGGUACAGUCAUGGCCAUCCUGAUUUUGGUGAAUACAGUUGGAAGCUUCCUCUUCGACUGGAAGUCUUUACCGGAAUGGCUGUCUCGUGGACCCAACGUUACAGUCAACGCUACGCCAAUUGUAGCUGGAACACAUAGUUAGACAGCCGUUAUUCUUCACGGCUCCUUAUUGACGCUAUGAUACUUAGAUUGCGAUGGA